UAAACUCAGAGGAACAGAAGAAGACGAGAGCUGUAACUGCGGAAGAGCUCUUAAAUCAUCAUCGGUACAUAAAGUACUUCGGGUCCGGUUUUAAUUCAUUCAGUCAGUUUAUUGGUUUGUGUUUCAGGAUGCCACGGAAAGGAAAGAGAUCUCAGGCUCAAAAACUCCGUUGGAUAAAGGCCAGGAUUAAGAAGGAACCAUCUCACUAUGGAGGAAGUACUGCUCAGUGUUAAACACUUAAUGUGCGGAAGUCAGACGUGAGGAUGGGAUACCUAAGAGCCAGAGGGUGGUUGCUAGGGUGUGGCGAUGAUGAAGAUUUUAGGAGCAGCUUGGUGAUGAUAUGCAGAUGGAGCUGUGCAGCACUUCUGAUGGAAGAACAUCGAGAUCAGUGGGACACGACCCCCCUGUGGAGCCGUACAGUGACUGGACAAAACCUCUAAAAAAGGAAGAAACUGAUGAUGAAGAUUAUUUCUGUGGAGCCUCAUCAAGUUCGGUAGAAGUCAUCACUCCUGAGGAACACAAAGGACAUACUGAAGGAUUCCAGAACAUUCUGAAAGAUAAACCUAGACAUGAAGACUAUCUCUAUUGUGAGGAUUGCAAAUCUUUCUAUGUCAACAAGUGUGAGGUUCACGGUCCGGCUCUCUUCAUCCCUGAUGUUGCGGUUCCACUGGGGGUCUCUGACCGAGCCACACAAACCGUUCCUCCAGGUCUAGAGAUUCUGAAGUCCGAAAUUCCAGACUCAGGCCUUGGAGUGUUUAACAAUAGUGACACGAUUCCUGUUGGUGUGCACUUCGGGCCUUACCAGUUAGACACGGUAAAGCAAGAGCAAGCCAUGAACAGCAGCUGCUCCUGGGUGGAUCAGCUUGGUGACGAUAUGCAGAUGGAGCUGUGCAGCACUUCUGAUGGAAGAACAUCGAGAUCAGUGGGAAACGACCCCCCUGUGGAGCAGGACAGAGACUGGACAAAACCUCUAAAAGAGGAAGAAACUGAUAAAAAUGAAGAUUAUCUCCAUGGAGCCUCAUCAAGUUCGGUAGAAGUCAUCACUCCUGAGGAACACAAAGGAGAAACUGAAGGAUUCCAGAACAUUCUGAAAGAUAAACCUAGACAUGAUGACUAUCUCUAUUGUGAGGAUUGCAAAUCUUUCUAUGUCAACAAGUGUGAGGUUCACGGUCCGGCUCUCUUCAUCCCCGAUGUUGCGGUUCCACUGGGGGUCUCUGACCGAGCCAGACAAACCCUUCCUCCAGGUCUAGAGAUUCGGAAGUCCGAUAUUCCCGACGCAGGCCUGGGAGUGUUUAACAAUAGUGACACUAUUCCUGUUGGUGCGCACUUCGGGCCUUACCAGGGAGACACGGUAGAGCGAGAGGAAGCGAUGAACAGCAGCUACUCCUGGGUGAUAUACGAGAGCAAGGAGUGUGAAAAAUACAUAGAUGCCACAUCAGAGGUGCAUUCUAACUGGAUGAGGUAUGUGAAUUGUGCUCGUAAUGAUGAAGAGCAGAAUCUGGUGGUGUUUCAGUAUCAACGUGGAAUUAUGUACCGCUGCCGUCGACCCAUUAAACCAGGGCAGGAGCUCUCGCUGUGGUAUGAUGAGGAGUAUGUCAAACUUGCUGGCAUCACGUUUGACUACAUCUGGAACAAAAAAUGCUCUAUAAAUAACAAGGAUAGCACCUUGACACAAGUCUUCACCUGCUCCAUGUGUCCACUUUCCUACACGGUUCAAAUAUACCUCCACAAACACAUCAGGAGAUGCCACAAUGAAGAAUAUGUGAAACUAUACAAAUCUGGAGAGAUUGCUGACCUUCUCACUGACACCACACAGAAACCACUCCAGAGAAAAAAAUACCACUGCAAAAAGGGCUUCACCUACCAGAGUAGUCUCCAAAAACAUCACCACUGUCACACAGGUGAGAGCUUGUAUCAGUGCUCACAGUGUGAGAAGAGUUUCACUCUACAGAGUAGUCUCCAACUACAUCAGCGUAUUCACACAGGAGAGAAACCCUAUGAGUGCCCACGGUGUCUAGAAAGUUUUGAUGAUCAGAUGGAUCUCCAAGCACACCAGCACAUUCACCAAGGAGACAAACCAUACGAGUGUUCACAGUGUCCGAAGAGUUUUAGUGAGAAAGGAGCACUUCAAAGACACCAACGUAUACAUAAAGGAAAAAAGCCAUACCGCUGCGUAGACUGUGGAAGACGUUUUACUCAACCGAGUAAUCUCCAGAAGCACCAGCGUAUUCACACAGGAGAGAAACCGUAUCACUGCUCACAGUGUGGAAAGAAUUUUAGUGACCGGUGUAAUCUCCAAAUACACCAACGCAUUCACACAGGAGAGAAACCAUAUCACUGCUCACAGUGUGGAAAGAGUUUUAAUCAACAGAGUAAUCUCCAGAAGCACCAGCACAUUCAUACGGGAGAGAAACCAUAUCGCUGCUCAACUUGUGGAAAGAGUUUUACUCAACAAAGUAAUCUCCAAAAACACCAACGUAUCCACACAGGAGAGAAACCGUAUUACUGCUCACAGUGUGGCAAGAGUUUUAAUCAACAAAGUAAUCUCUACAAACAUCAGCGUGUUCACACAGGAGAGAAACCAUAUCGCUGCUUAACUUGUGGAAAGAGUUUUAGUGACCGUUGUAAUCUCCAAACACACCAACGCACAACACACACUUAACGUGUUAAUUUUUUCGGAAUGUUUUUCUGCAUGUUUUUCUGAAGUCCUGUAAUAGGCUUGUCACAACUUGCAAAAGUAUACAGUUAUAAUGUCUUACAUAGCAUUACUGAUAGCAUUCUGUUUUUUUAUUUUUAUUAUUAUUUUUAUUAUUAUAGAAAUUGGCAUUUUUCCUUUUCUCAAAUAUGUCAUUCCCUCAGUUCAUUGGUCGCAGCCCAGACAUCUCUCGAAGUAAGUUGCUCCUCUGUGUAUUGUAUGUUGCAGCCCUUCGGUCUAUUGAGGAUUGCAGCCCAUCAGUCUGAGAGGCUGCAAUCUUCAAGGGACAGAGGAGCUGCAAUCCUCAAGAGAUUAAUAGGCUCCAAUUUUAGCAGAGCUUAAGUGUAAGUGUGGGGCUGCGAUCUGAAAGUGACUGAGGGUCUGUGAGCCCAGAGUGACAGAGGGGCUUUGAUCCUCAUGAGACUCUCAGGCUGCGAGUCUAGCGUGACAGAGGGGAGGCAAUCGUCAAACGUUGGUCAUUAUAGGAUCGCAGCCCCUCAGUCUCUUGAGGAUUGCACCACCUCAGUCACUCAAGGAUCUCACCGCUUCAGUCACUUUAUGCCUCACAGUUCCUCAGUCACUUUAAGCCUUGCAGCCCCUCAGUCUCUUGAGGAUCACAGCGCCUCAGUGUCUAUAAGAUUUUAGAGCUACAUUGCAUUCCCUUGAUUACUUUAGGAUUCCAGCCCUGUGGCCAGACAAGGAUCGUAGCCUGUUGGUUCCUUUACUAUACAGCCCUUCAGUUCCUCAAGGAUUGAAGCCCCUUGGUCACUUUGUUUUAAAGGCCAGAGCAUGCUCCUACAACAUAGGGCCUUUCAUCAGGAGAGAAGUUGUAUUUCAGCUCAGAGUGUAGAGGGAUUUUCCAGUGGUAGCAGCAAAUUCACAUAUGGAAUGUAGUUUCUUCAGUAAUUUCCAUGUUUAGUAAACAAUUCUUCAAAUCACUGUACUGUCCGAUUUUUAUUUAGUGUAAAUUGUUGGCAUACAUCUUUUGACUGUUGUCAUAAAGCAAUUCAUAUUGUUGUUGUUCUCGACUUUGUGUUAAAGACGAGUUAAUAUAUGAUCGAUUCAUUUGUUUGAUACAUGGUAAUUUAUUCAAUAGCAGUUUCUGUUUUCAAAUAAACUUGACUCCUGACUUCA